AUGGAGGACGGCGACGGUUGCGAGGAGAGCCUGUUCUCGCUGGAGCUGCUGGUGGAGUCGGCUCGCGUGGAGCCGCGGCUGCUGCCGACGCCCAUGCCGGCCAGCAGGCCCUUCCGGCCGGCGGUGGCGCUGCGGCUGCUGGACUUCCCGACCCUCCUGGUGCGCGCCCCGCACUCGGUGCCGGGCCCGCUGGUGCCCUUCGGCCGGGGCAAGUCGUGCCUCUUCCGGCUGCGGCCGGGCGCCCUCAAGGGUCUCCUGAGGCGCUCCCCGCUCUACGCGCUGUUACUGGCGCUGCCGCCGGACAAGGCCCCGCCCGCCUGCUGGGCACCUCCAGCGUCUCCCUGGCGGCCGCCGCCGAAGCUGCUGAUGGGGAGCGGCCCCGGAGGACGAAGGGGGCAGUUUCCGCUGAGGGACCUGAUGGGAGAGCCGGUGGGAGAACUGGGCCUGAGCUACCGCCUGAGCAACUUGGGGCCCUGCCUGCUGGGGCACUUGGGGCAGGGGGCGGCCCCCGGGGAGCCCCACAUCGAGGAGCGGCACAGACCUCCACCUCGUCCGUCGAGCGUCCACAGCGACAGAGGGAUCAACCUGGAGCUCAUCCCAGAGGGAGAAGAAGACCAGCAGGACCCUGCCCCAGAAGGUGGCAGCACGGAGUCCUUAAGCAGCACCCUUACGGAAAAACAGCCCCCCAGCCUUGCUGUGCAGAAAGCAGCCCAAGAGUUGGAGAUUUUGACCAACAUCUUCUGCCCCCCGCCAAUGUACUAUAGCCACCCGGCUGAAAAUUCUUGCUCCACGCCGAAAGCUGCGGCAUCAGGGAUGGUGUCGGUGGCUGCACCUCGUGAACCUUUUCCCGAAGAAGAAAUCGUCUUUCCCUCUGCAGAGCCUAUUAAGGAGGAGCCUUUGAGUAGCGUCCCGGAGCCUCCCUUGGCAUCUCCAGCGCUUAGUAGCCAUGAUCAGCUCAGACAAACCUUGAGCCAGCUGCCUCUGCUGAAUGCUUUGUUGGUGGAACUGUCCCUGCUGAGUAACCAGUCGCUGCAGCCAGGGCCGUCUACUGUGCACCCUCAGUUAGCAUGGCUAUACCAAAAUGUAGCAGAUGGUACAAAAGCCCCACCCUCAAGUGUCAAGAGUUUAUGCCCCUUCCGGGAAUAUAAAAAACCCUCUCUUAAUCAUAAAGACAGAGGAAGGUCUGCUAGCCCAAAGUUAAAAAGAAAUCGCCCAGAUCAUUUAAAAUGCAUGUAUCCCUCCAUGCAAGUUACGAACCCUGGUAAAGGAUUCCCAAAAAUGGAAAGAAGUGGCAAUCUUGAGAAAAACAAUACCAAGGAAAACUCUUCCCCUAGACGAAGGCUUACGUAUGGGCUAACAAAUACUCUAAAACUUCGUUUGCUGCGCUCCAAUCCAGUCAUGUUGAAAGUGCAUGAAAAAAGGGAACAUCGUAGAAAAAAGCAAGGAGACAUCACCAUUGAAAGGAAAAGCAAAAGCUCUUCAAAUAAAGGGAAACUAUUGCGGAGCUCUCCCGAGCGCCAUUCAAAGUCUUCUGGACAAUUUGAUGAAAAAAGCAUCUCUGAAGAAAAUGCUCAAAUAAAUGAAAAUGUUGAGACUCUAAUACAAAGCAGUACUGACCAAGAUUACUCUGCCCCCAUAAAGGGACUAACCUGUGAUCUCAAAAAAAAAGUUGCAGCCCGCCGUGUAAAGAGUCAUGAAAAUGCAAAACACAAGAGCUUUCCUGAAAGUAUUGGCUCUUCUUAUAAAGAAAAGAGUUUGAAAGUCCAUCUGCCGAGAGUCUGUUUGCAGGAUACUAAUGCCCUUGAAAGUAAAAUUGAUACAGAAGAAGAAAAAUAUGUACUGAAAAAUAAUUGGGAUGUUUCAAGCCUUCGUAAUGAUAGCCAAAGAAACAACUUUGAAAGCAGCCAUGGACUUAAGAAUUCAAGUGAUGUGGUUCUUAGCUCUGAAAAUGUAGCCUAUUCAGAAGAUUUCACCAAUGCUGACAGUUCAUGUACAGCCUUAGAAGCUCAAGAGAACAGCUCUGAACCUUUGCUAAUAAACCCAAAUCAAAGCCAGUCUGUUAUGGACUCAGAUUCUAAAAUGUCUGAAAGAAGUUUGACCUCUGAAAGCAUUUCACCCCCUGUUCCAGUUCCCUCAGAUAAAUCUCCUAUCCAAUCUCUUAAAAAGACCUAUUAUUCAAAAUUUAAUGAAAAAACCACAGGUGUUGCUCUUCAUGAAUUUGAUCAUGAUUCUCCUUCUGCAAGAGUUUCAAAAGAGGAACCUGCAGCUCAGCGGGUCAACAAGGAAGAGAGCAAAGAUAUGCAGACCUUGGGGGAGGAACAAAUUCCCUCUGAGAUAAAUAAUAGUGUAGAAAAAGACGAAUCAUCUGUGGAAAAGAGCCAGUCAAUAAGGACAUCUCAAGUUAGCUCUUACUUGCCCUCCAGUGUGUCUGAUGUUGAUCUUAGUGGGUUAGAAGAAAGCAAUCCAUCUGAAAAAGAAAAAGAUGAUAAUUUUGAGAUGGAGGAUAUUACUAAUCAAUAUAGACACAUCAGUGAAUUAGUAGUAAACAAGCUUCCAGGAUACACAAUGUAAUUACCAAUAAUAAUGACCAGAUCAAAGUGAAAAUGUCUUUAUUUUUAUAUGCUAAGUUUGCAAGUAUUAUGACUGUUUUUCACAAAUGCAAUUUUUAUUUUAUAAGCGAUAUAUAUAAAAAAUGUACCAUUGGUAUUUUUAGGUGAGCCAUCCAGAGCAUGCAUGAUUAACUCUGCAACUGUUUGGAUUUUAGGCCAGUGCUCCUGCCACACACGUACACAAUGGUGAGCUGCUUUUGAAACACAAGCAAGUUUCAAAAACUUUUGGGAGAAGACUGCCAUUCAAAUAUACAUUUUUGUGUUUCCAGUGAGUAUUUGGGUGCAUGCAGAAUUCCUAUCUGAUGGCCGAUGUUUCCCAUUUUUAGCAGUUUCCUCUCAUUGCAAGUAGAUACUGGGAUCUUUGAUUUGUAUCAAGACUGGCAUGGGGUAAAGGAUUGACACUCCCCACCCCACUUCAUUUUAGAAAAAUGCAAGGCUACGUAACCUUAUGUCGUGUCCAGUUUGGACCUAAGUAUAAGAAGUGGAAUAGCAUUGCUGCCAUGUGCCACAUUUGGCCUCUGCCAUGCUAGUGCUAAAUAUUAUUUUUAAAGAGAAUCUGGGCUUUUAUGCCAAAAGGCAGAUCUAACAUGUAGCAAUGGCUGCACUCAACAAUUCAUUCUCUGGAAAAAAAAUUCAGCCUGAUCAAUGUUGAUCAAGUCAGUAAUAUGAAUAAGUAAAAAACGCUUUUUGAUAUUGUUUUACUGCAGCACCACUUGAAUGCCAUGUGAUUGUGCAGUGGUUCUACCAUCCUAGCUAAUGUCCAUUAAUUGUUCAGUGAUCAAAACAAUUUGUAUACAAGUCCUCAGACACACUUUCAAUUCAAAUAGAACAGUCUAAUUCUUAAAUUAAUUUCAGAAGGGGGAAACAGUUAAAAUGAGAUGAACAGGAGCACUCUCACAUUUAUUUUUAACUGAUAUAUGAGAGACAAGGAAAUUCCAAACUGACUGUUUAUUGUGCAGUCACACUGAUAGGGUUGCAUGAAACUUGUGUGGAGGCUAUAUGAUGCCACCAGUUUAUGGAGAAUUCAUCCUGAUAUGUUAGCGCAGUGCUUAUAUGACAUUGCCAGCUUGUGAUCGUUAUCUUUCAUUUUCCAGGGCAAUUUCCCUCACUUUUAUUGGACUUUUUGCAGUGAGAAAAGUAACACAAUAAUUACCCUAGAAAGUGUGGGAUAAUAACUAACUUUUGCAAAGAUAAAUAGCCUGUUUGGAAGCACGCUGGGUGUUGUGCAUCAGUGGUACUGAUUUUUGUUAAGGAUGGGAUAUAAAUGCCUUAAGUAAAUAAUACUAGUAAGACCAAGUUCAUAUAAGUUUUAGGGUAGAUGUGUUUUGUCUCAAUUAAGAGCCAAGUCCUGUUUCUGUUACAGUGCAAGUUCAUAUUGUGGCUGCCCCUAAAAUCAUGUCAGAUCUUAUUUCAUAAAUGCAAAGGAUCUUAUUCUACCGCCUGCCAAGUGUACCUGGAAAGGGUAGAUUUAAGAGUUUCCUACUCUUUUGUGUGAAAGUACCAUAAAGAACCUUUGAUAAGCAGUGGAUUGAGAUCAAGAAUGAAACAAGAUUAUGUGCUGGGGUUCCAUAGGAUUGGGCUCUUAGUGCAUCAGUACCAGAAGUGAGUGUCUUGUUAUAGACAAAUGCUACUUUAGUUUCAUUAGCAUAAACAUUGCAUUCAUAAUGUCAGAAGAAAUGGUACAGUAUACUGAGACCUUUGGGUAUAGAAAUAAAAUAAAUAAUAAUAAAUACAGUAGUAUGUAGAAGGUUUGAUUCAAUUCAGUGUCCUAUUUUAGAGUACUACAGGACAAUUUGAAGUGAAUCAGGAUCAGAAAGGAAAACAAAUGCAGAAUUUAUAGGGUGUGUUUAGGACAAAACUGGGUUUGGGACACCAUAGAACAAAAUAUAGAAAACGCAAAUGAAAUUCAAUUGCAGGAAGGAAGAUUUCAUUUAAGUUGGAGAGGGGGCAAAUUAAAUUGAGGGUGUUAUGGGAGACAGUAUUCUCAAACUAUGCAUAGUAAGUUUCCAUGAAUGAUGAAAAAAGCUCAUCCUCUCAAUAAUAAUAUAGACUAAACACAGAUAUUUUGAAUGGCUCUGCUCACUCUUGUCACUGGAAGAGCAAUAAUCCAGAAAAGCCAAUGUACUAAAAAGUGAGGCAGUUUUUCUGUGAGUGCAUGCGCAGGAGGGAAGGGAGGAAUAUUGACUUCAUAAGAACACACAAAUUGCAGCUUUAACAUCUCUGCCUUUUCAGAGAAACCUACCUCUCACCUGAGAAAUCUAGCCAGAGGCAAGUUGUGGACUCCCCUGUAUCAGAUUUUUUUGAGAAUGUAAUUGUUUGAAUUUAAAAUUUAAAGCUUUAGCCCUGUUCAUUUACAAUUUAAGGAUUCUAUCCUAUUUAGGCAGACAUAUGUACUUGUGAACUAAGACUUCACUUUUCUAUCUUUGCAUCGUUUCAGAAUAGUUCUGGAGCUGCCCAGUCACAAAGAGGAGACUAGGCCACACACAAACUUCAACAUACUCAACCAGGCCUUUGUGUUGGAGCUUCAUAUUUAUAGAUUUAUAGAAUCCUGCUUUAGAGCAGUGGCUUGAUUGGGAAAAGUUCUGAAGUUCCCUUUUGCCCUUCUCUUUUUUUUCAAAUGUUCCUGUCCAAUUAAUUCCUCAUUGUCUGCUAUUGUGAUCUGAAAGUUUAUUGGGUACAACUCACUCAGAUGCUGAGAUGUUUCCACAGGAUGUUAAUCUUGUUUCACCAAGACAGCAGUUCAUAUAAUAAUAUUCUGAUUAUAUUUAGUGUUAAUAUAUAUUUAGUAUUAAGUUGCAUUUUUAAAUGUGUUAUUAAAUAACAAUUCUCAAUAUUUUACCCAAAAUUGAAAAAUUUCUUUACAGUAAUUGUAUUUUUCCUAGUUUCAAAAUGUAAUGAUAGAAUGAAAUAUAUUUUCUUUGUUAUACAAUAUUUGUUACUGCCUUGGAUUUGGUUCAUUCAGAGAAAAAUUAAAAUAAUUUACAGUUGGUUCUGAAAACAUCAGUUAUUUUAAACUCUCGGUUAUUUAAAACAUACUACCGUAUUUAACAUUUUUCAAACUCUGUGCUGGAAAACUCUCAGUUUGUUGAAGCCCAGUAUAGCACUUCCCACACCACUAUAAAGGAUUCUCAAACGCUCAAGAGCAG